AUGGGGGAGAGUGGAGGGGAGAACAUUCCUGGCAGAGAACAGCCUAUGCAAGGUGGGGCUGAGCAGGUGCAUGACUUGUUGAGCAUACAAAUCAUUUCCCCCUUAGUCUCCAAGGGAGGGGGAAAAAAAAGCCCUCUUACUCUCUCCUUGCAGCCUGUGUUCUGCAUUCUGGAGAGGAGGCCGAGGCAGGUCUUCACGCACUCCCGCCGCCGUCCCCGCACGAAACUUUUCUCUCCCGGCCUGCUCUGUCCCUCCCGCCCGGGCAGAGACGGUGGGCGCCCAGCGUGCCCCUCUGAGGGCACGGGCCCCAGACCCCGAGAGGCGUCUGUCUCUUUAAAUUCCAGCUGCGCGGUCGGGAAACAGCGCCACUCGGCGCCCAGGCCGGCUGGUGGCUUCGAGCUCGCUCGCGCUCUCGCUCCCGGCUGCGCGCCGCGGAGGGCUCGCUCGGCCCGCGGGCUGCUCGGCGGCGGCGGCGGCGGCGGCGCGGGGCGGGGAGGCGCGGCCCGGCCGAGGAGGGAAGAAAGAGCGAGCCGGGCCGGGAGAGGCGCCGCGCCCGGUCCCGCGCCCACGCUCGGCGGCCCCAGCAGUUUCCUUCGGGGUGACGAGGAUGUGCCUGGGCUGCGGGUUUUUUUUUUUCCUUCUCAAGACGAUUUCCAUAGUAACCUGAUCAAGUGGCUCAGUAUCGCAAACCUGAGGAUUUCCGCGGCCCGCCGGCUUGACCUCAGUCAGGUUAAGGGGAACUGUGUAAUUAUUUAUUAAAAUGGAAAACUGUGAAGAAAGAAAAAGAUAGCAGUUGGAGUUAAAAUUCCUGGAUGAAUAUUUUGCUUUUUGAGACAUCAACAUUUAAAAACGAUAUGCUGAUUUGGAAAGUCCUGGGAGUACAUUGCAAAAUUCAUCUUUUCCAUUCAAUAAAUGGACUUUUUAAUCACUCCUUGGAGUUGAGGAAGUUCGGAGACAGUGUGUGAUGGGAAAUGUGGCAUGCCAGUGUUUUCCUGGUGAUUGCAUCUUGGAUUAGGUUGCUGCCUAUUUGAAGAGAUUCCAUUUUGAAAAGCAAGAACCCACUGUGAUGGAUGUCUCUUCAGAGAUGAGCAGACAUGGGAAGAAUCCAGUGAGUCACAAGCUAGAAGAUCAGAAGAAGGUAAUGCAAUACACUUCUUUUUGCUUGGUCCUUUUUGUUUAUGCUUAGCGAGAAUUUUCUGAAUUGCAAAUGAAUGUGGUUUAGGAGAUAAAAUAACAUACUUUUUCAUGGAAAUAAAUCCCUCCAUAUAGCCAUGUAUAGCUUUGGGUCUGGAUCUCAUUACCAGUUGGUGGUUUUGUUUCUGAAAUCUUCUGAAUUCAUCCAUCCAAUAGGUUGGCAAAGGAUUCUGUGGUGUUCUCUCACUCUUGACUGUGUUCUAGUGACCUGCUGGCCUGACCUCGUGGAACAGUUUUCUGAGAUCCAGGAUUAGGUAUGAGUCAUGGGGCAUUGCUAGAGUAAUGGAGCAAGUUAGAGCGCUCCUAAAAGAGAACACCUGCCUUGCUGCCAAUAGAAGGUGUAGUUGGCAUGUGAAAUUCUCCGAUUUCAUGUCCUUGGGGCACAUCAACUUAAGCCUUCUCAUUUUUACAGCUGGCCUGGAAAGAGAGUCAUGAGGAAGCUGUGAGCUUUGGUUUGACUCUUCAUGUGUGAUGUCAAAGGAACUAAUGGAAAGUAUCAAAAUAGUUCUGUGGUAAUAUUUAUUUUUAAAUGGGGUUAGAGAGGUUCUGAGUGAGAAGCUGGGAAUUCAAUCUGAGGUUUGCACUUAAACCUCAUUUUUCUACCUUCUUAGAAAUUCUUACCUGCUAAACUGCUGUGCUAUAGUGAGAAUCAUCCAGAGAGUACUUACUAGAAGGGUCAAAGAUGGUACCAGGAGAGAAAUCCCACUCUUAAUAAAAUAUAUUAUCUUUUGUGGUGCUUUCAUUGAUUCCAUUAGUAUAGGAGAGGUGUGUGGGGACCCAGUGGCUAAGUCACAAAAUCAAGGAAUAAUGAGAUAAUAGAAAGGAUAUUUUUAGUUACACCUGGAUCUAAGGGCAUGAUUAAAGUUUGUGUUUACAUCUGUCUUAGAAAUUUGUUGACUAGUCCUUUUGUACUCCCAGGAGACAACUAGCUCUUUUGCAGUUUUGGAGGUAGGAAGUUUCGAAGAGGCCAUGUAGACAAUAGCUUGUUAAUUUGUUCUGACGUUUUGACGAGUGCCACUAGAUGAGGGGCCACAGUGAUUGCUGUGCAUCAAUCCGGGCAGAAAUGGACGGAUUAUUUAUGCCCAACUGGUUCUUUCAUUGGGUUUACCUGCAGUAUAAGUAAGUCUUGGAAAUACUAAGUAGCAUAAAAUCCAAGAUGCCUAGAGUCAAUUUCGACUUCAAUGUGGAUAUGAAUUUCUGCACAAAUAAGUGUGUUACCAGGAAUGUUGUUGGUGUUUCAAGUGUUCAGCAUUUUUUUCUUCCGCUGAUACUAAGGGUGUUAUUCCAAAUAGAUGGCAAGAUUAUUUUCCAUCUAAACCAUGCUCUGAAAUUUCUUAACUACGGAGGGGCUAUUUUAUCAUUUUCUCUAUCUAUAAUUUUUAUUUAUUUAAAAAUUUUUUUCAACGUUAAAUUUUUUUUUCAACGUUUGCAGAGAGUGCAAGCGGGAGAGGGGCAGAGAAAGAGGGAGGCACAGCAUACGCAGGCUCCAGGUGCUCUGAGCUGUGGGCACAGAGCCCAACGUGGAGCUCGAACUCAGGAACUGUGAGAUCAUGAACUGAGCCGAAGUCGGACGCUCAUUUGACUGAGCCACCCAGGCGCCCCUCUAUCUACAUUUUUUUUUAAUGUCCUUAACUAUGAUGGGUAAUUUGCUUACUGUAUUAGAUUGGUUAAGAGGGAAGCAAGUAAUAGGUAAGCGGUUGAUAAUACAGAAAUCUGACUUUUGGAGGAAGCCCUGCUUUUCUGGCGGGAAAGAAAAGCACCCCUGCAGGUGCUAUCAUUUUCUUUCCUGAAUAAGAGAUUCUUUCUGCAAACACAGAAGGGAUUGCAAGCUGACGAAUGGAAUGAAUUCUUCAAGUAAUUCUGAAAAUUCCUUGUAUGAAACUUUAACCAAUGGUCUCUAAUGAGGCUUAGUUUCCCAGGCCAGUUCACAAAGGACUGUUCAGCUCAUAAAUAAUAGUAAUAGAGUUUAGGCAAACUAUGGAGAGCCAUGGCUCUGUGGGAAAAUUAAAAAGACCAGUGUGGUAGUGUGGAACAAGAGAAUCCCCAUUCAACUGUAGCCUUCUAGUCGGUAGGGAGAUGGGAGGAGGCAUGAACAUUUUCAGUGAGCAUUAUCAAGACAGAAAAUGGGAUACUAAUGAUUUCCUGGGUGUCCGAUUUGUGUGAGUAUUCACAUUGAGUCAGCUAGAAAUUCAGAUGUUGAUCGAUUAAUUGAUAAGGACUUAAGAUUCAGAUUGAAGUGUUAGCAGGAACCCCUAGUCUCAAUGACAGUUUUUUGAGUCUGCAUUGAGGAGAAAAAUGAAACGUAACAUCAUACAUCUUCGUAGACUAAACUCUGGGCACAGCCCUGCCACCACACAAUUGCCAACAGAGAUUAUAAAAUCAUUCAUGCAAUUACUUCGAGUGUUUGUAGUCCUUUGUGAUGAAUUAAUUUAACAGGCACAGCGUUUCACAACAGUGAAAUAAAAUACAUUUAUUCCAACUCGUGACUUAAUCCAGAGGUGAAGCAUCUUUUUGAUACUACUGAAAAAAUGUGUUCUUCUCCCAGUGUUUGUGGCCUGCGGUAGAUAUUUAAAGCAAGACGCAUGGAACUGACUUCAAUAUAGGCUCCUAUUUUGAACACUGCCCCGCUGAUUUUUUUGUUCAGUCUACAAAUAACUCGUUAGAUUUUUGUUCUUUUUUUUUCUUUAUUUAUUUUGGGGGAGGGCAGAAAGGGGGAGAGAGAAUCCCAAGCAGGCUCCAUGCUGUGAGUGCAGAACCCAAUGUGGGACUCGAUCUCAUGAACUGCGAGAUCCUGAACUGAGCUGAAAUCAAGAGUCAGCCACUUAACCCACUGAGCUACCCAGGCACCCCAUUAGCUUUUGUUCUUGAUUUAAAAUGUAUGAAUUUGUACUUAGUGUGCUCUACUUCCAAAUAGAAACCGUUAGGAUACUGGGCACAUGAGUUUGUAUGUGUGCGACUCUGGUGAGUAGGGAAUGUCAGGGAAGAGGUAAUUUAUGGAGUGCUUACUAUACCAGGAGCAUGCUUGGUCCUUUCCAGUUCAUGAAGAAAGUGUCUUUCUAUAAAGAUGAAAGGUGGUUUUACCUUUUCCGUCUCUCCUUAAGAAAUUUGGUCCUGUAAAAUUAAUGACAAGUUCCUCAAAAAUAUAUAUACAAUAUAUAUGUAUAUACAAUAUACAAAAAUAUAAAUAAAAUAAAAUAAUAUAUAUACCAUUAUUCAAAAUUAAAGCUUUCAAAAUGUGUGUGACUCCUUAGGCUUCUUUAAAAUAAUGCCCCAUCACCUGACUAAAUCUGGAAAACAUAGAUAAAGUUUAAAGGUGUCAUAUCUACAAGUCCUAUCUGAAGAACUCUUCAUUAUGGAUAAACCGGAGAUGUGGAUCUUAUAGGAGCUGAGAAUACUUCUAAGAAUCUCAACUCAACCUGGAUUAGUGUAGGGGUAGGUGGAAUUCAAUUCUCUUUUUGAUUCCUGUGAUUUUUAUCAGUAGAAUGGUCAGUUAGCGUUGGCCCAUUAUCCUGCACUUGGCAUUCUCUUUCUGGAAUGUCCCAGAUGGGAAAAUGAUCCUGGCAUCUCAAAGUUCCUGAAUGCCCAUAAUGAGGUGUUUUAUUUUUGAAAACUUGACCUUUUGACCCAUGUUUGCUCCUUGUGCCAGUGAGUUCGGGAUAUUCCUUUCCACUAAUUUUAUUGCUUUGUGGGAUUCUUUCUGCAGAAGCCCCUGGAACAGUGAAAGCCCAAUAGGUACAAACGUCACUUCUAUUUAAUUAAUUGUGAACUUGAACUGAAAAGCAGAGCUCAGUAGGUUUUACUGUCACUCAACUGCAGCAGUUUGCAGUUCAGACAGCCCUGGGACACUGCUUUAUUGGUCCAUGAAUAUUUUGUGUAUUAAAACAAAGCAUUUGUCAUAGUCAACAGUUUGCUAGGUUGUGCUGAAAAGGGUAACAGGGACACACAUUUUGAAAUUAUGGCAAUGAAAUGCAAUAAAUAUUUAGUGACCUGUUGGAAUAACUUUGUUUUUCUGUUCUCUGAAGCAGAAUGGGAUGAAGAGUAUUACUGAAUAUAUGCAGAGAUAUUUACGUUUAUGGAAAUGUCUAAGACUGAUGUCAUAUGAUUUUACUGCCUAAAAUCAUAUCUUUUACAUAUUAGUCAGCAUUAUUUUCACACUGCCUUGCAAAAAGCUCGAGAUAAAUUCUAACACAUCAUGUCUUCUUAAGAGAUGGCAAUUACUUCAAAAGUAACACGAUCUGAGUGUAGUGAAUGGGAGUCUGAGAUGUGGAAAGUCAUGUAAAAUGAGAGAAAUGAUUGUAUUAAUUAAUAGAAAAGGGGAUGCUGAUAUGGACAAAGCUUGCUAGUUGAAGGGCAACUCCAGUGAUGUUGUGACUUAAAAUCAAGUUUAGAUAGGGGUUAGAAAAAGCAUCAUCUGCAAGUGCCAUUGAGGGCUUCAUCAGUGUCUCUCCCCAUAGACGAGUUUUGUUUGUUUUUCAGUUGACAUCAAACAGAAGAGUGUGGUCCAGGUUCAUAACUGCAGACAACUAUGUUAGGCUACUCCAAUAAUUUUACUGAAAACCUUGCUCACAAUGAUUACCAGUGCUUUAUAGAGCAAAAAUAAUUUAUCAGUUUAAAUCUAGCCUACUUUUUCAUUUACUAUUUUUCUUUUAGUGUGCUGAUUGGGAUUAUCCUCACAGGUGUUGAGAACUACUUGAAAUUGUUGAUGUUGGAAGCUGAUUAAAAAUCUGUGUUCUUAAGAGAAAAUAUGAAGAUAAGUCACUAGAGAAGGCUUAGAAUAGAUCUAGGCUUUUCAUUCAUUCUUUGAUCUUCUUGAAGGAUGGACUCAUUACAUGGUGCUUUAUUUUCAUAAAUCUGCCUGACUUCUUUUUUGUUAGUAUGUCUGAGAUAUGUUAAAAGGUCCGUAAGGGAGCAUGAGGUUUCUGAAACAAAGUCACAUCAUUUAUUAAUCAUCCAAUGUGAAGCAUGACUGCUAAUAUGAAUCGAUUAUCUGUGGGUUUCAACAAAAUUGAUGAGUCAUCUGGUUGCUGAUUAGCCAAAUUUUUAAUUUUUGAAAUUCAUUGAGCAGGUAUUCGGCAAUGAUAUUAUAUAAAUCUGGAAUCCAUGUGGAGACACAAAUAUGAAGGCCACGUUCACAAAGAAACUAGUACUGAAAUUGUGGCAUUCUGUGAUACUGCCCCUAAUUUCUGCCCCUGUUGUGUGUCUUAAAAAAGCUGCUGCAAACAGCUGUCUCCCAGCCACUUUACCUGGAGUUCUCUAAGAAUGAAUUAGAUAAGGUGGGCUCUUUUUCUGCUGAGCAGUGAUUCUAGAAACUUCUCUCUCAGAUGUGAACUUGGAUAAAACUUCUUUUAAAGCUUCUUCUAUCAUAUCAUAGGUGGUCCCCAAAUAGACCUCUUCUGAAAGUUUAUAUGGCCACUUGCCUUUUUGGUCCUGACCACAUACGUUCUCAGUGUAAACAGUAUUUGUGCUAACAGGAAGAAUUGGUAAUAGAUAAAAGUGAAUAUUGUAUACCAUGCUUAAUGGUUCUACUCCUUGGUUCUAAACUAGACCAUGUUCUGUUUCCUGAUUGGUGAAUUUUAGAUGUCAACAGGUGUAAUGACUGCACAAUCUUCAUAAGAAUAAACAGAUACAACAGGCCCAAGAUGGAUGGAUGAUACUUGAGUGAUGUGAUACACAUUUUGAGCAUUUUGAAGGCAAAAUUACAUGUUAGUUGUUGUUUGGUUAUUACUUGUCAUUAAUUAUGUUCUCAAUGAUAAUGAUUACUAAGAUAUAAAGUUUAGUAAGUUUUAAUUCCUGUUUAUUCUUAAAUACUUUUUUCUGUUUUGGUAUUGACAUGUGAAUUCUGGCUUUUAUCAUUCCAUAAAGGAAUGACUGAAACUAAUUUUUUCAUCUAAAAUAUAUUGGAAAAAUGUGACCACAUGCAAUACAGAAAACUUGGAAUACAUCAAUAGACUGACUUGCUCUUACCUUUCAAUACAUAUAUUAUUAUAUUUUUAUGUGUUCAUAUCUAGUGUGUGUGUAUACAUACACAUACAACUUUUUAAAGCAGAUAUUAUAAUAUUGUGUGGCCUGUUUUGAAUGGCCAAUCAUAUCAUUGUCAGUUUCUCUUUAAAAUUAUGUUCCUAAAAGGAUUGAGACUUUCCUCCAUUUGACCAUAUGAAUAAAUACUUUUGAACAUAGCACAGUCAUUUUAUUUUUUAAUUUAAUUUUAUUUUUUUAAAGUUUUUAAUGUUUGUUGAUUUUUAAAUUUUUUUAACGUUUAUUUAUUUAAAAAAUUUUUUUAACGUUUUUUUAUUUAUUUUUGAGACAGGGAGAGACAGAGCAUGAACGGGGGAGGGUCAGAGAGAGGGAGACACAGAAUCUGAAACAGGCUCCAGGCUCUGUGCUGUCAGCACAGAGCCUGACGUGGGGCUCGAACUCACGGACCGUGAGAUCAUGACCUGAGCUGAAGUCAGACACUUAACCGACUGAGCCACUCAGGCGCCCUACGUUUGUUCAUUUUUGAGAGACAGAGACAGAGCGUGAGUGGGGGAGGGGCAGAGAGAGGGGGAGGCACAGAAUCUGAAGCAGGCCCCAGGCUCUGAGCUGUCAGCACAGAGCCCGAUGCGGGGCUCGAACUCAUGAAGUGUGAGAUCAUGUCCUGAGUUGAAGUCUGACUCUUAACAGACUGAGCCCCCCAAGCACCUCAUAGCACAGUCAUUCUAAACCAAUAGUUCACCUGUGUCCACUUGCCUCCUUCGAGGUUCCAGGUAAUUAUAAGAGGGUAGACUGAGAAUUCUACAAAGCUUACCCUGAGGUAGCCACAUGGACAAAAAACCUAUAAAUGCACAUAAAAAUACCAUUAAAAAGUGCUGAACAUCAAAAUCGGGGGCGGGGGGGGGACUUGCUCAUUUCCACGGGUCAAAGAUUUGAGAUUAAUCAUGAAAUCAGAGUACACGUUGGCACCAGAAUGGAGUGGGAAGCAAGAACAUGUGUAAGCAGAGAAGAGUCAGAGUGGGAUGCCAUGAGCUGGGAGUGGGAUGAUACGGGGAGUGCAAUGACUUGUCUGGUUUGUGUCUUGUACAGCAGGCUACUUGCUGGUGAGCAGAGCCAUCUGAUUUAAUCACACGAGGACAGGGUGGCAGCAUUUUUUGUUUUUUUCCUACUUGGGGACUGACCAGAUGUCUCCCAGACAUGAUAUUCAGUGAAUACACAAAUGCCUGGGACAAGAGUUACAUGAAGCAAAGCAGAUUUAAUGAUAUGUUCUAAAAGCACCGGACAUAAGAAAUUCUGGCAGUUUUAUAUGCAAAGUUGGGCAAUUUUUAUGAGAAAUAAGCAAAAAAUCAUCAAGUCUUCGAAGUAUGCUCUGAGGAACAGUAACAGUAUUCUAAUCAGAAAUGUAUAAGAAAUGCAGAGUCUCAGGCCCCACACCAGAACUACUGAAUCAGAAUGUGCAUUUGAACAAGAUAUCCAGGUGGUUCAUUAAUGCACAGCAGUAUUGGAGAAGCACUGCCCUAGAGAUCAUGCCUGAGAGCUUCUCAGUGGGACUAAGCUUUUUUUUUUUUAAAUAUAUUGUAUUUCUUUAUUUUUAAUUUACAUCCAAGUUAGUGAGCAUAUAGUGAAACAAUAAUUUCAAGAGUAAAUUCCUUAGUGCCCCUUACCCAUUUAGCCCAUCCUCUCUCCCCUCCCGUAACCCUCUGUUCUCCAGAUUUAUGAGUCUCUUCUGUUUUGUCCCCCUCCCUGGUUUUAUGUUCUUUUUGCUUCCCUUAUGUUCAUCUGUUUUGUAUCUUGAAGUCCUCAUAUGAGUGAAGUCACAUGAUAUUUGUCUUUCUCUGACUAAUUUCGCUUAGCAUAAUACCCUCUAGUUCCAUCCAUAUAGUUGCAAAUGGCAAGAUUUCUUUUUUCUUUUCUUUUUUUUUGGUAUCUCAUUUUUAUUUCUUUUUUUUUUAAUAUAUGAAAUUUAUUGUCAAAUUGGUUUCCAUACAACACCCAGUGCUCAUCCCAAAAGAUGCCCUCUUCAAUACCCAUCACCCACCCUCCCCUCCCUCCCACCCCCCAUCAGCCCUCAGUUUGUUCUCAGUUUUUAAGAGUCUCUUAUGCUUUGGCUCUCUCCCACUCUAACCUCUCUCUUUUUUUUUCCUUCCCCUCCCCCAUGGGUUCCUGUUAAGUUUCUCAGGAUCCACAUAAGGGUGAAAACAUAUGGUAUCUGUCUUUCUCUGUAUGGCUUAUUUCACUUAGCAUAACACUCUCCAGUUCCAUCCACGUUGCUACAGAGGACCAGAUUUCAUUCUUUCCCAUUGCCACAUAGUAUUCCUUUGUGUAUAUAAACCACAAUUUCUUUAUCCAUUCAUCAGUUGAUGGACAUUUAGGCUCUUUCCAUAAUUUGGCUGUUGUUGAGGGUGCUGCUAUAAACAUUGGGGUACAAGUGCCCCUAUGCAUCAGUACUCCUGUAUCCCUUGGGUAAAUUCCUAGCAGUGCUACUGCUGGGUCAUAGGGUAGGUCUAUUUUUAAUUUUUUGAGGAACCUCCACACUGUUUUCCAGAGCGGCUGCACCAGUAUGCAUUCCCACCAACAGUGCAAGAGGGUUCCCGUUUCUCCACAUCCUCUCCAGCGUCUAUAGUCUCCUGAUUUGUUCAUUUUGGCUACUCUGGUGUGAGGUGAUAUCUGAGUGUGGUUUUGAUUUGUAUUUCCCUGAUGAGGAGUGGCGUUGAGCAUCUUUUCAUGUGCCUGUUGGCCAUCCAAAUGUCUUCUUUAGAGAAGUGUCUAUUCAUGUUUUCUGCCCAUUUCUUCACUGGAUUAUUUGAUUAAGCUUUAGUUACCCACUCUUGGAGUAAGAUGCCCUUUAUUUUCUGUGUUCUGGUUCCUAUCUCCCUUCCCAACUUCUCUUCCAGUAUUUCCUGGCAUCAUCAGCUAAGUUAACUACUUGCACUUGAAUCAUUCUUUCAGGUUCUACUCUGGCAGAAGCCUAAACUAAGACAUUCUGUAUCUGGGGUUCUGGAACCAAUAUGGUGUAUUUGUUUCCAUCAGCUAGUGUUGGACUCUAAGUUAACACAGUUAUUUGGAAUUUAAAUUUUUCAGGAAUUCUUCUAUCUCAUUUAUUUAUUCCUAUUUUAUUUUUGGAUAUCCUAAGUGCACACCCAGAUAAUGGUGGUGUGCUGGCCCUCACUUGUACAAUAUGGCUAGCCCUGACUUAUAAACACUCAAUUAAGAGAUGACCCACUCACAGGACAGCUGCUGCCACCUCUCACUGCCACCCCCCACUGCCACCCCAUUAUCAACAGCCUCUGCAGCACAAAUUGUCCUAAGAAGUUGUUGAAGGAGCUGUGAGCUCCUUUCCCCAUCUAUUGCCUUCUUCAACCUAUUCACUAAAAACCAAAACACAAUUAUGAGACAUUUACUGAAUCUAUUGUUUGGCAUGGGUUUUUAUAUGAAAUCUUCCUAUUCACUCCUCUUUUCCUUUAGGGUUCCUUGCUGGGGCAACUAAAUAUACACAAAACAAUGUCUAAGUGGGAACAAAGAACUAGCUUUAUGAAAAGAGCAUGCAUGUAAAUGCUCCCAAACUCUCCUAAAAGUAGAUCUUCUCUUAGAUGCUAUGGUGCUUCAGUUCCAAAAGCCAAAUGUGGGUUUCCUCCUACCCUCAAAACUUGGAUCACUGCUCCAGUGAGCUGACCUGAAAAUACUAUGUUAGUUGUGUGGAUGAAGAUGGACAGAGAACCUACCCAAAGAGGAGGACCGUGUGGGGGGAGUUUAUCACAGAUGAGCAAUACAGUGGAAAAAAAGUGAUGAUGCCCAUGAUCUUACCUUUAGUAGAAAGAAACACUGCCCAAUAAUAAAACUUGGCCCAAUAUUUCACUCAUGACCUCACCCAUCAGGCUAGCAACGUCUUUGGGAGGAUCUAGUAAAAAGUAGUGUAGUAAACAGUGAAAAGCAAAGGAUCUAGAAUAAGAUGCCUGAAUUUGAUUUCUGGCACUUACUGAAAUUACUCAACUCUGUCCUCUCCUAGUUUUCUCAUUUGUGUUAUUUUAUAAAAUGAGAAUAUUUAAAACAAUUAUAUAUAAAGCAUUUGGAGCAAUGCCUUAUACCUACAAAACACUCAAUAAUUGGUAGCUUUUGGGGUGAACUAAAGAGUUGGGCAUGGUUUAUUUUCCCAUGUGAAUAGGCAAGAAUGUGAGUUAAUGGGCACAAGUGUUCCUCCCUUCUCAUCACUUGACUUCCUAUGAGGUCCGGCAAUGCUGGUCCUGAAUGACUUCCUGGUUAGUUGUAAUCACAGCAACUCAUUUUAGACUUCUCUCUACCAUCUGUGUUUAACAAUUUAAGCACUCAUAACAUUAGGCUUCCCAAAAUGUGAAGGGCUUCUUUAUUAGGGAGUGGGAACAAACUCUCCCUCCCUAUUCCCAAAAACACCGAAGUGGAACCAACCAAUCCUGGAUUAUGCACUGAGCUUAAGGUGGGUGGUGGGUCUGAGCAUUGUUUCUUGACCUAUAUUAAACUUGGUGUUAGUAGUUCAUGUGAGUCCAAGGCUUAGUUUGCCUGUUUUCUGGAGAGAGUCUGAGGAUAGUUGGUACCGAGGGAAUUUCAUCUGAAAGUAUGGAUAUCAGGUUAACUACGUGUGACUAGAGUUCAACCCUAGAGCCAGUCAGAAAAGAUGUCUGUGAGUUCAAAGGCUUUAAUUUUCUUAGGAUGACAAGUUUGAUAAACCAAAAUAUUUUCUGGCCAUGACAUAUUUAUAAAUACAGUUAUCCUUAGCUCAUGGUACAUUUUAAAUAAAAAAAGUAUUUUCUAAAUCCUAAAUAUUUAGGAUGAGUUUUGUUUCUGUUUUCAAGAGGAUAUAAAGAACAUUGAACUUGAGGAAAAUUCUCAGUUGAUGCAGGCUUUCUUUCUUUCAUUACCAAUGUGAGCUUGAGAGUGUAAAAAUGUAUAUAAAUUUUUUUUAACGUUUAUUUAUUUUUGAGACAGAGAGAGACAGAGCAUGAACGGGGGAGGGUCAGAGAGAGGGAGACACAGAAUCUGAAACAGGCUCCAGGCUCUGAGCUGUCAGCACAGAGCCCGACGUGGGGCUUGAACUCACUGACUGCAAGAUCAUGACCUGAGCCGAAGUUGGCUGCUUAACCGACUGAGCCACCCAGGCGCCCCGUAAAAAUGUAUAUAAUGAAGAUAUGUGAUGAAGCAAACAUGGUAAAAUGUUAACCAUACGUACCAACUAGUGGUAUGUAUAAAGGUGUUUACUGUAAAAUUGUUUAAACUUUUCUGUAUGUUUGAAGAUACAUAUAAGACAACAUGGGCAAAUAUAUUAAUAAGUGAUGUUUGCCAUCAAGGUAUUAACAUUCUAGUAGCAUAUGUAUAGUUUCUGUGCUUUACUUCCUUGAGCUUGAUUAUCCUCCUCUGUGUAACUUGGGGAUCAAGGGAGCUUAGAGGUUUUUAGAGGGAGACUAAGGACUGCUAUUUUAUUAGUCUUUCAGCUGCACUAGGUAGUUUUUCCAAUUGGCCUGGGUCCUAAGCAGUGUUUCUUACAUGAUAUAUAUAGGAAAUGCACUCACAAUUUUCAACAACUAACUUAAAACUCAUUUAGAGGAUCCAUCCCCAUAUGUAUUGAUUUUCCUUGACUUAAAACUAAGUUCAGUAUAUUCAAUCAUUUGUAUGUUUCAUAGACACGCACAGUUAUUGUGCUUUAAUUUGAAUCUGGAGAUGUCCAUUCCAAGCAUUAAUACAGUAAAAAUAAAUACCUUUUUCUCAUUUUUAGAAUCAUUCUUUAUGACCAAUUUUUCGUAUUUCAUGGAAUAAAUGCUUUUUUUAAUUCUUUUUUUUUUUUAAUGUUUAUUUUUGAGAGAGAGCACGAACAGGGGAGGGGCAGAGAGAGAGAGAGAGAGAGAGAGAGAGAGAGAGAGAGAGAGAGGAGACACAGAAUCCAAAGCAGGCUCCAGGCUCUGAGCUUUCAGCACAGAGCCCGAUGCAGGGCUGGAACCUAUGAACUGUGAGAUCAUGACCUGAGCCGAAGUCGGAUCCUUAAUUGACUGAGCCACGCAGGAGCCCCUGGAAUAAAUUAUUCUUUAUAAAUGUUUCUUGACACAUAUUACAGCAGAGCAUGUACUUGUUAAAGAUCCAUUAAAAAUGUUCAAUGUUACAUUGCUUGUUUAGAAGCAAUUUCUUAUGAGCAUUUUUGCAUAAUGGUAAAGUGGUUCCUUAGUGCCUAGUGGAUAUAGUUCUUUUUUUUUUAAAUUUUUUUUUAACGUUUAUUUACUUUUGAGACAGAGAGAGACAGAGCAUGAAUGGGGGAGGGUCAGAGAGAGAGAGGGAGACACAGAAUCUGAAACAGGCUCCAGGCUCUCAGCUGUCAGCACAGAGCCCGACGCGGGGCUUGAACUCAUGAACCGUGAGAUCAUGACCUGAGCCGAAGUUGGCCGCUUAACCGACUGAGCCACCCAGGCGCCCCCCCCCCCCCCCCCCGCCCAAUGGAUAUACUUCUAUAGUGUAGGUAGAAGGUUCUACAUAUUGCUUGCUAUCUUCCAGGUUUUGAUAACUCAUCAGGUUUUGAGAAGUCAUUGUUUCAGAGACAGAGAUGGAGGUUAGUGGAUUCAGGUUAGUAACGUUGCUCUUUGUUUUACUAUAUAUUGCAUUGUAGCAUAAUAUUUUGUUUGAUGAUGGAAAUUAUCAAAGAAUCAACCACAGAUUUAAGAGAUGUUUUGCGAUCUUCAGUGUGUAUUUGUGUAUUUAUGGAGUGCCUACUAGUUCUCUGUGGUAGGCAACAGUAAUACAAUUUACUUGGUUAACUGCAUUACUAAUGAAUGGAUGUAUCCAUUUGUAUCUAUCACCUCCUCUUUGCAUAAAAAAGUGGGUUAGGCUCCUAACUAAUAUCUGAAUAGCAAGCAAUCUGUAGUUUGCAAAGAGCUUUUACUUGUGUUUCUGUCCACCCUCGCAACUCAGUGGAAUUUUAGGUCCAGUAAUUUUAUGUCCAUUUUAGCAAUGAACUUGUCUCAGAUGAGAGAACUCACCGGUUGCAUCUUUUUAUUUUGCUCAGUGAUUUACUUUUUAUUUUAUUUUUUAAAGAUUUUUAAAAUGUUUAUUUUAGAGAGAGAGAG